AUGGGAAUUCCGUUACAAUUAACAACGAAGAAUCAGCCGAUAAAAUUCGGUUUCGAUAAAAUCAAAUUCAUAGACGAUGAAACUGUCAUGGCUGACAAACCGGAAAUCAUACCGAUGCAUCCGAAAAAUGAUUGUGAUGAAAUAUCCGACACCGACGGAACGAAACAACACGAGGCGGUGUCACGUUGA